GUGGGGCGCUGCCCGGCCUGGGGCAGGGGGGAGCGGGCCGUGGGGCGCUGCCCGGCCCCGGGGCCAGCCCCGCCGGCUGCUGGGCCUGCCGCAAGCGCGGGGCGGGCCGGGGCGGGCCAGCCCUCCCCCUGCCAGGCUUCGGUACAGGCGGCCUCGGCCUCGGGGAGGUUCUCACCUUGGCGGAGCACGAAUCCUCUACUCGUACCUUGUGCGGAGGCGCCCGCCGAAAGCCAAGUAGAUGAGAUCAUUUCAUGCUCUUUUUUUUGGAAGAGGUGGUCAAAGGAAAUGGAUAGCUAUUCAGACUUCAGUGAGAACCUCUCAUCUUCAGCUAAUAUGUCUAUUUCUUUGCCUGGACAAGUUGGACUCAAUGCCACCAGUGGUACUCCUUCUAUGUCAAUAAGCAGGCUUUUCCCAGCCCUGUUAGAAUGCUUUGGUAUAAUCCUUUGUGGCUAUGUAGCUGGAAGAGCCAACAUUAUCACAUCAACUCAGGCCAAAGGACUGGGAAAUUUUGUGUCCCGUUUUGCACUCCCAGCUCUUCUAUUCAAAAACAUGGUGAUACUUAACUUUUCUAAUGUGAAUUGGUCCUUCCUGUACAGUAUUUUAGUUGCCAAAGCUGCUGUGUUUUUCUUAGUGUGUGUUUUAACACUGUUGGUAGCCAGUCCUGAGAACAGAUUUAGCAAAGCAGGUUUGUUCCCUAUUUUUGCUACACAAAGCAAUGACUUUGCACUGGGAUAUCCAAUAGUUGAAGCUUUAUAUCAAACCACUUACCCAGAAUAUCUCCAGUACAUUUACCUAGUGGCUCCAAUCUCUCUUAUGAUGCUAAACCCUCUUGGGUUUAUCUUCUGUGAAAUCCAGAAGUGGAGGGAUAAUCGCACUGUGUCACAGAGCAAAACCAAAAUAGUGGGCCUAGCACUCCUUCGAGUUUUGCAGAAUCCAAUUGUGUUCAUGGUCUUCAUAGGAAUUGCCUCAAACUUUGUUCUUGGCCAGAAAAUUCCUGAAUAUCUUGAAAGCUUCCUUGAUGGACUGGGCAGUUCAUUUUCUGGCUCUGCACUUUUUUACCUUGGACUAACUAUGGUGGGACAAACAAAAAAGCUGACAAAGGGUAUGUUUGUUGCACUGAUCCUUCUCAUCACAGCUAAACUACUUAUGAUGCCAUUUCUCUGUAGAGAAAUGGUGGAACUCUUGGACAAGAGUGACAGCAUAGUCAACCACACCAGUUUAUCAAACUAUGCAUUUCUUUAUGGAGUUUUUCCAGCAGCACCUGGUGUCGCAAUAUUUGCCAGUCAAUUUAAUAUGGAAGUAGGAAUUAUUACCUCAGGCAUGGUGAUUAGCACUUUUGUGUCUGCACCUAUUAUGUAUGUUUCUGCAUGGCUGUUGACCAUUCCAUCUAUGGACCCCAACCCACUGGCAUCUGCACUCCAAAAUGUUAGCUUUGACAUAAGUAUUGUCAGCCUCGUCUCUCUGAUCUGGUCCCUUAUUAUUGUUCUUCUGAGUAAGAAAUAUAAACAGCUUCCUCAUAUGAUUACAACAAAUCUACUUGUUGCUCAGUUUAUUGCUUGCAUUGGAAUGGUGGCGUGGAAUUUCAUUAUUAAAGAGAAGGACAUCACCAUGCAGAUCCUAGUAUUUAUAUUCCUCUACAGCUCACUUUAUAGCACCUAUCUGUGGACAGGUUUUCUGUCGUUCUCUUUGUUUCUCUUGAGGAAGAGUGAAACAGUAAAGAUUCCCAUUGGGUUUAUUAUCAUAGCUGGAUGGGGAAUCCCAACACUUCUGGUGGGAAUCUUACUAAUUGUUGGUGAACGUAACAGCACUGGUAUUGACUCUGCCUUUUUCUAUGGAAAAUACCAGAUAAUUACCACAGCAGUGAUCCUGUUCAUCAGUAUAUUGAUGUCAGGUAUCUCACUGAUGUGCAUGAACAGAAAUAGGCAAGAGUCAAGCUAUGAGGUGUUGAACCCAUAUUCACCACGUAGCCAGGUGGAGGAGGUUGAAGUGGAAAGGAAGGAGAGGAAUAGAGUUUCAACUGCUGUCCUUCAGCAUUCUGCAGGAUCUUCUGCACAGCCUUCUCCAGAAUCUCCUGCACAGCCAUCUGCAGAAAAAGGUUGCUGUUCUUGUCAAACAACAAAUGGUGAAUUAUCCUGUGCUGGAGAGAGCAAAGCAGUGUCAACUGCUGUUGAAAGCAAGGUUCCUCCAAUUGAGACAGCUGAUCAGUGUGUGAAUCAUUGCAGUGCUCAGACCUGCAUAUUGGCUCAGGAAGAACAGCUUCUGCAGACUGGAGACAAGCAGCUGGCCAGACAUGUGCUGCUCUGCAUGCUUCUUAUUGUUGGCCUGUUUGCUAAUCUUUCCAGUUGUUUAUGGUGGCUGUUCAACCGAGAGCCUGGGAGGCUGUAUGUAGAAUUGCAGUUCUUCUGUGCUGCCUUUAAUUUUGGUCAGGGCUUCAUAUGCUUUGGUAUUUUUGGCUUAGAUAAGCAUUUAAUCAUUCUACCAUUCAAGCGAAGACUUGAAUUUUUAUGGGGAGGCAGAGAAGCAGCAGGGCAUACAGAUCCCUCUGUACCUGAGGAAAUCAGGAUGACCUGUCAACAGUUUGUUCGUUAUCAUAGAGAUCAUUGUGUCAAAAGUAUUGUCAGAGGCAGAAGGUGUGGUGCAAAGAUCUCCCCUGGCAUCUUCUUUGGCUGUGACCUGGUGAACUGGCUCAUGCAAGUUGGCCUUGCCUCCGACCGUGGUGAAGCUGUGAUGUAUGGAGACAGACUGAUGAAAGGAGGCAUCAUCCAGCACAUUACGAAUGAAUUUGAGUUCCGGGAUGAAUAUUUGUAUUACCGCUUUCUUCCUAAGAGAUCAGCUGCAGCUGAGAGCCACUGACCUGGGCACUGCAGGCAGAGGACAGGCAGUUAGGGGUGAAUGUGACCACCUCCCCUGCCAUCACCACUGAAACUGGAAGUAUUUCUCUCAGGACUCUAAGAGAAUUGUGUUAUUCUCUCUUGCAACGUUAAGAGAUGCAGUUCUACUUGUGUCUAUUCUGAAGGAAAUGGUAGCAAUUCAUAUCUACUGAGCAUUCCAACCAGAAUGCAACUUGAACAAGACAAAAUGCUCUGGAUUUAGAGCAUUUUUUUCCAUUUUGAGCAAAACAAUAGGAAAAUGCGAAGUGUAACUGUCAUAUUAUAGAGACGUUACAACAGCAACUUCAGUGACUGGUGCCACAAUGAAAAAAACCCAUGAAUGAGGGGUAUUUUUCAUGUUAAUGUAUGUUUUCCGUAUUUUAGUGUGAUUAAAUAUUGAUUCCUAUUUACAGUCAGGCUUUCCCCUCACUUCACAAAAAUAGGAUUUCUUCUACCCCAGUUUUUACCACUCUACCACCAGGAACUUUUCCUAGCUGUUUACAGCUUGGAUCAGGUGGUUUUCUCUCUUGAAGGGAAUUUCCUCUCUUUUUAAAAGUAGAAUUGUUGUGAAGAUUGUUUCAAUGUUAGAGGAUUAAAGCUGAGGAAGUAUUGAGUGGCAUAAAUAAUGGCUUUGUACAAAUUUACCAAAUCUUAAAAGGCUAUAAAAAUACCCACUGCUUCCCCCCGCCCCCCCCCCAAUUAGGAAAUUGAAUAACAGAAUUACAUAAACAAUUCUGGAUUUUUGCCUUACAGAGUUAAUAAUAGCUUUGUCAAGAGCAGAUUUUUUUAACCUUCUGAAAUUAGCAUUUCCAGUUCAAUUCAGAAGUGCCAGCCUCAAAUAAAGAUGUUAUAGAAGCCUUUGAUACCUGUGCAAAUGUUAAAAAUUUUAUCAAAUCAUAAAACCUUUUAAAUUAAAUACAAUUACUAGUAAAUCUUACUAUAUAAUAAGAAUCCUAACUGAACACCCAACUUACGGUUUGGAGUAGCAGAAGAUCCUAAAAUUAUAGUAUUGGUUGCCUAACACAGGUUUCUAACAAGCCUCGGGUAUCCUCCAAUGUUCAAAUAGCUACUCUAGUAUUAUUCAGAUUCCUGUGCACUGAAAGCAGAAUCCAAGAAUCUUCUGCAGUAUUUUGAAAAGGUUAAAGACAAACUGUAGUAUCUGAUAGCCAUUAUGCUGCCCUUUUAAAACUGCAAGAACAGCAUUUAUAUGUCUAGAUAAACAUUUUAUAUAGUGAGGGAAGGGAACCCAGGUAUUAAAAAACAAUUAUUUGCUCAAGCAUAUGAAUAACUCUUCUCAUCCUUUUUUAAAAAGUAUUUUCCUUUUUUUUUUUAAUACAUAGAUUUUUGUUAUAGCUACUUGUACAUUUACUUUGUACUAAGAAUUAAGUUAUUUUAGCAGCAUUAACUACUUUUCAAGAAACAGUUGAUUUAUGGUAGCUAUAAUUCCACAUGAGACUUAUAUUGGAAAAAUAAUUCCUUUUACUGUCAGCCUUACUGCACUUCUGCAGUGUGCACAGAAACAUAACUGCAUCCUACUGCAUAUGUAUGCUGUACAAAUUGGCAUAUUUUAAUGUUUUCCAGCAACAAAAUAAUUGACAUUUGUAUCUAGCUGUGGCCACAAGGGAAAAAAAAGAAAAAGUGUAUUUCCAUUACAACUGCUGAAAACAGCUACAUCAAGUAUUUUUGAAUAAUCAGAUAUAUGUGACUUAAGAGCAGAAGCUGUAUGUCUAGCUUCUAAAUAUUGUAACUUGUCAAUAAAUCUGUUACUUCAUUUCA